GCUAUUCAGCGGGGCCGCAGCCAGCAUCCAUGGAUGCAGCUUGAUAGCACGAAACGGAACGCAGAGGCACUGACAUAUAAAACCAGGUUCAGCCAAAAUAUAUGGUUUUCGGCAGACAGGAGACAGCAUCUCACGAGUCACAGGUGCACGAACAAUUACUUGUAAUUCCGAAGAUCAGUCAACCCUCAGAGAAUGGUUACCAUUAACUUGUUUGGGGCUGGCUGGGACGGUUCAACCAACGGGACAAAGGACGGCGACGGUUUAUUUGCCUGUUUCAACCCAGUCUUGGGAAUAAGUUUGCAAGAAGGCAAAUUUGUGAGCAAUCGGCUUGAAUACCUUCUCAUGGCCUCGAAAAUCCAGGCCCGGCUGGACUUUUUGUUUGCCGGGCGAUCCGCCCCGGCCAUUGGGUCGUUUCUGAACAUUUCUGUCCUCCUUGCUUGGGGCUGCUUCGUUUUGCUAAUAAGGAGCAUGGGAACGGCAAGUAUCACGGUGCAAUAACAUGGAAUAGGCUUAGGGGGGCACAAAAUCGAUUCCCCAUGACUCUAUGAGUCGGUCGGCCACUUAAUUAUCUAGUUUAGAAUAAUGGGCAAUUGGAGAUCGAUCUUGGCCUUGAGAAGCGGCUGCUCAGGUUGACCUGGAUUCAGCUCGACACAGCUCUUGUCAAAGUCUAAACGUCUCCAGUUAGGCACCGACAGGCAUGUGUCAGGCAGGAAAAGUGACGACAAUAAUAAUAAUGUGGUGGGAUCGUGGGAUGGAUCUAUCCGACCCAAAUGGCCAAACUGCGUGGAUCUGGGGUAACUAGCUUUAGAUCAGGCUCAGAGGGACAGAAAAGAGUUUCAUGUCAGAUACGUAGAUCAUGCCUGAGGUCUGUUUGGAUACUACGGAUCCGGACAAAUACAACCUUGGCCAGAAGAUUGGCUGCUAUAACUUUUGAUAUCGCUAUAUUUGUUGCCAUCCCUUGCCGUUUAGGUGGUGGCUAAUCAGCAACAAGGCGCAAUGGCGAGGUUUCAAGGAGAAGCGCAGUUUUCCAUAGUGAGCAGGAAGCUCGAUCCGAACCAAUGUGGGCAACGCUCUCAAAGAGGAUUUAGAGCACGGGAAAAAAGAUGAUAGCGGAAGAAGAAUAGAAGAGAGUUGUCUCACCGUCUAUACAAACAUCAUAUGGUCUGCUGAUCUACCAGGAAUUUACUGAGUACCACGCUUCGAGAUCCAAUAAACAAUGAAAACUACACUAGUUGCUGCAGGCGUCAGUCCCGGCCGAAUUAUUAUUAUAUUUGAGAGUAUAGCAACUUUCCGCGUGGAUUCAUGACUCGCAGCCCGGUGGAAGGGACUGAUUACGCUGUGUAUUAUUAUCGUUAGCAUUAAUUAGACCACUGCACAUACAUGUAUGUAUGUGCGCCCUCCAGUUAGUUAUUAUCAGCAAGCCAGUGAGUGCAGUGGGGGUGGGGUGGUGCGUUUGAAAGAACCAGCAAUGGCCAGCAAUAAUGCCCUCAGUAAGAUCGGAAUUAAGGCGAAGUAUCGACCUGAUUAUGGGGCCCUAAAAGACUGGGCUGGUUCCAACGCCGCUUCGUGCCCUCCCUGAGUUCCCAAGCCCCCGAGAGCUAAGGGCUAAGGGGACCAGGGCGAGGGAAGACUCCAUAAUUAUGUCCCAGAAUAAUCGGCAAAUAAAAGUAAAAAUAAAAUAGAAAUAAAUAAACAAUCUCGAUUUCUGCCUCAACUCUCUAUAUAAAGCCGAAGCCCCCUUCCGCUCGGUUUUCCUGCAAUUGCUUGCUUUGUUCUACUCUUUGACAUAGGCUCUUUUCUCUUCUGCGCCGCCUCUCUUCCUUUUCUAUAUCUUUUGCCUACUACAUACUUUCCUUUAAUCCUUCUCCAUCUUACCAGCCUCUAUCCUUUUCAGAAAGAUACCCUCUGUUCUCGCCCUAGUUGGCCCAAUAAAUACUUUUGCUUCACCAAACUCUUUCUAAUUCGUCCACCUUCGACUCUCUAUAAAAACUUACCUGCCUACUGUUCAACCUGGCCGUCUAGUAUCGCCACUUGUAAUUGAUUGAUCGGCUUGAGAUAUAUCCAUCCCCUGCCGACCUCGUUCCAACAACUCAACUGCGACUGUCUCCGGCCGCUUCCAAACCUCAAUUUCCACCUGAAGCCGAAAGUCUCACCUCUUUUCCAACAAUGUACUCUUGCGCGAAUUACUCCCGUGGCUGCCGGGGCCGCGUGAAUACCCCAGGAGGGAAAUGCGCUACCUGUGUUGCAUCAAAUCUUCGUCGUCCAGCUUCGGCAUCACCUUUCUCUCCUCUGCGCGGACAGGCAAACUACAGACGCGCCUGGGACAUUGAGAAGCCCGCGGACCUCAAUGAUCAGGAGAGAUUUUAAACGAAUUCUUAAAAGAGAACUACAUGCAUAUCAAGUUGGGCUCGAUGUCUGACUUUUAUGCCACCUUCCUAUCUAUCUCUCCUUCUAUCGACACAACAUAAACAACGCUCCCGACAAAAAACAUCCAACGAAAAUAGAAAAGAAAAGAAACUCCCAAAACAAUACAGUCCAGGAGACUAAUAAACAAAAAUCUAUGAUCAUACGGGAAAAGCCAAAAUGAAGAAAGACAAAAAGAGACGUGGAACGUACAGGAAUUUACAAUCCGCAGGAACCUACUUUCCAGGUUAUUUCUCUCCAAACUACGCAUCCCCAUUUCUAUUCUACCUCCCAACCCCCUUCCCCUUCUGAAAAUUAUAUUGUCAUUCCGGUUUUGUAUUCCGCAGACACUGUUCAGGGCAGGCCUAUUUCCAUCACUUGUUUUUUUUUUUUCUUUUUUAAUCUAUUCCAUUCCCCAUUGUACCACGCGUUGCUUUGUUCCCCCCCCCCCCCCCCCCCGCCCUAUUUGCAAAUUCCCCUUUGUCUUUCCUAUCUGUCCAUUGGCACCCUCUCUCGUGGCUAAUUUCCUUUGACUAUCCGUACAUCAUAACCGUUUCUGUAUGUUCAUCGCAUUUGGAGGUAUUCUGCUCAUUUUAGUCUACACUGACAAAAAAUAUUCAAGCGACGGCGUUAAUCAUUUUUUAUUUUUCCCCCUUCAAGAGUCCUCUACCAUUUUUGACUUCUGAUGUAACUGUUUCAUGUACGCUCGCUCGGUAUACACUGCCACAUUGAUCUCUCAUCGCCCUCUUUGCACUUUACAACUACUCCCCUGCUUGAACUGCACAUAUAAUAAUACUAUUGCUCUUAUUACAAGUUUAUGCAAGAAAGGGAUUAUUAUAUUUUUAGUUUAUUGUUCCCUGCAUAAUAACCCUUUUUUAUAUUUUAAAACGGCGUGCCUGGUAAAAAAGAAAAGAAAGAAAAAACGACAAAAGGGAAGAAAACAGACCCAACGAUUGAAAUGAGAAAAAGCAAAGAAAGCCACAUCCCUGCGAAAUCUAAAAACCUAAAGUUGCACGCUAAUUCUAGUCUGAAACAGAAGGUUACUUUGAAGAAUCUUUGUCACCUCGAGUGCAACACGCAUAUUAUUUUUCCUCGC